AUGGGAGUUGCCAUUGGCAAGAUGGAGAAUUUAAUCUGCUGCGGGGAGCGUGGCUGCCCCACAGUGGGAACGGAGCAACGCUUCUUUUGCGUGAUCGAGCAGCACUCGGCCCAUGGGCCCUUCGACAUCGAAGAUAUCGAGGACCUUGCCCACGGCGACCAGGAGAGAUCCGUCCAACCUGACCUCGAUCAGCAUGUAGCAGAGGCACUCGGGCCACUCUUGCCCAAGGAUGACCUGCCGCCAAAGGUCUUCGGGAGACGAGGCGCAGACAAUGCGGUCACCUUGAUCGCCACCUCCCAGAUGGUGAUUUGA